UUUGCCACGUAGGAAGAAGAAGAGGUUAUAUAGUUUUUUAAUGAGAGCAGAGAGCCCUCUCUAGUUGUUUCGCUCAUUUCUCUUGUCAAUGUUCGAUAUAGAUUUAACAGUUGCCGGUGGAUGUUUGCUUGCUUGAUUACUUGCUUACUUGCUUACUUGCUUGCUGCGAUGACAAGCAAAGAGUAAUUUUAAAGUUAUCUUGUUUUGUUGAUUUUCUUAUAGUCAUUUACACUACUGGAUUAUAUAUUUUUUAUUACGUAGUCAAUAUAGAACAACAAUUUAAAUACGAAUACAAACAUAAAAUGUAUACAACACUCGGAAGCAGUAAAGUGCAUAAAAUGCAUACGAAUGCAGUAUUAAUUUCACUAUUAUUGUCACGUCGCAUUAAGGACCAUGCUGCGAGGUAAACAUUUAAACGAUUACGGUGAACUCUUAAUCUGUCAUUAAAAAUAUACCAAAACAUGUCUAUUUUUAUAAAUACGAAAUCAAUUGGUGUACCUGAGUGAAUGAUAUUAAACGAUCGAUGAGAUUAAAUCGCUAUGGACCGAUUGAUUAAUAUAACAUGUCAAUAUUUUAAUAUGACAAUUGUAAGCAAGCAAAAUAUCAUGAUUUUCUAUACGUAAGCAAUCAACUGUACAAGAAGAACAAAUAAAUAUUAUCAAAUGCGGUGCAGAAUAUAUAUAUAGAAUAGAAUGCUUGUCUCUUGAUUAAGAUAAUAAAAGAUAAUAAAAAAUCAACUGUUUCAUUUAAUAUCAUGGUUCAGCAACGAUUUUCAAGUUUUGAUGGUGGACGAAGUGGACGCCGCUUUGUUAUAACUCUGUCAGCUGGCACAGUCAUUGGCUUUUUAACAGCAUGCCUUCUUUUUUCCUCUGCUGGAGAAAUAUCUCAUAUAUUUACACGAAUUCCUGGACGUUCAUCUCUGAUAAGAGACCCGCAUCAUUAUUCAGAACUUGAGCCAGAGGUUGGACCAGACAUAGAAGUCAAAUUUCACAGUGAGAAUGAAGAUUUUCAUAAAGGAGAAGAUAAGGUAGCACAAGCAUUGGCUAAAAAAGUUCGUGUCCUUUGUUGGAUUAUGACUGGACCAAAAAAUCAUCAAAGUAAGGCUCGGCAUGUCAAAGCCACAUGGGGAAAACGCUGUAAUAUUCUUUUAUUUAUGAGUUCUGCGGAAGAUUUAAGUUUACCCACUGUAGUGCUACCAGUAAAAGAAGGCAGAGAUAAUCUGUGGGCUAAAACCAAAGAAGCAUUUAAAUAUGCUUAUGAAAAGUACAAAGAUCAAGUAGAUUGGUUCAUGAAGGCUGAUGAUGACACGUACGUUGUGGUUGAAAAUCUCCGUUACAUGCUAUCAUCUUACAACCCAAGUAUGCCAUUGUAUUUUGGAUGUAGAUUCAAACCUUUUGUAAAGCAAGGAUAUAUGAGCGGAGGUGCUGGAUACGUAGUUAGCAAAGAAGGUCUUCGUAAAUUUGUAACGGAAGGUCUUCCCGACAAAACCAAGUGUCGUGCUGAUAACGGUGGUGCGGAGGAUGUCGAAAUGGGAAAGUGUCUAGAAAAAAUUGGCGUUCGCGCGAUGGAUACUAGAGACUCGCAUGGCCGUGGAAGGUUCUUUCCAUUUGUGCCAGAGCAUCAUUUAAUACCUAAUCAUGUGGAUAAAAAUUUUUGGUACUGGAAAUACAUCUAUUAUGAUACCAAAGAUGGAUUCGAUUGCUGUUCCGAUAGUGCGAUAUCGUUUCAUUAUGUUUCGCCGAAUAUGAUUUGUACAAGGUGCAAUGAUGCCGCCGUCGCCGCCGACGCCGCCAUCGUCGUCGUCGUCGUCGCCGCCGUCGCCGCCGCUGCCUUGCUCUUUAUCUACAUUCAUCAAAUAAUAAAAUUCUAAUAUGUCUCUUUCUAUUUUACUUUGUUGUAUUUUGUUUCUAUUAAGGGUUGAGUAAAUGGUUAAAUACGUAUGUGUGUGUGUGUGAUUGUGUGUUGUUGCAUCAAGUGUAACCGUUUGUUUAAGCGAAGGCUGCAGACACAAUGAAUUAAAAUAGAGAUGAGGCGUUAUUAACCAAAUAAACAGAAAGAAAAAAAAAACAAAACAUACAUUUAUAAUAGAAAAAUGUUAAUGGUAAGAGCACAAUUUAGGAGACUAGACUACUAUAGAGUAAUUAAUAAAUUAGUAAUGUCAACAAAGUAACAUACAAACUCUUUUCUAUAAAAGCACAAUUUUAAACAAAUUAGUGCCACAAUAGACCAUGAUUGCUGGGAGAAUCCUUAUUUCUUGCUAGUCGCACACACUAUUGUGCUUCACGCGUUCUAGUCUCAUCGCUAACCUCGUCACUAUCAACUUUAUUAUGUUUGCUGCCUUGGACUAUGUCCAAUGUGCAUCAUCAACAAUCAAUGUGUACAAAUAUAUCCAUACGA